GUUUUAAUUAAUUUUUAGCACUUGUUCAAAUAAAACUUGGUGUUUUACAUGGGUGAGGCUUUUCAUUCAAAACAAAACAAUGUGGAGUCACAGCAAAGAUGAUCGCAAGGACUAUCACAGCAAAGAAAAUCAGUUCCAUACACACACAUUGCCAUUACUGAGUAGAGGUAGUGUCUAUAGUUAACCUGCUGUAGAAAUGUUGGGCCGUGAGAACAUAAAGGCCUCUAUCCAAGAGGCUGCCACUAAUUCAGCAGCCGUUAAACAGUUAUAUUAUGUUUCUCAAUAAGUCAAUAUAAGAAUACCACCUAAUAAAUGAUAUUGUCACAAUCCUUGCUACACCAAUCACAAAAUCUGUCAAAAAUGUGAAAAUAAAAAAAUAAAAAAGGUUAUAUAUAGUAUAUAUAACCUAACCUAACCUAUUCAUGAAUGCAGCAAAAUAAGCUGUACCAAUGCAAUAACUGAGUAAAAUCAGCCACAGAACAGAUAUACAUUGUGCAUUUAUCAAAUCCCUCAGGAAGGUUGCAAAUAAAUUAAAUGUGAAUAGGAGUCAUUAGAAGCAAUUUAAGUGUAAGCCUCUGAAUCCGAGCUUCCUGGAAAGUGUUUUCAGAGGGAGUCUUUAUUACUGCUGAAUAUUACGUGUAACACAAUGCAACCUUAAUGGAAUCCGAUGACAUGCACCGUGCCGGCUAAACGGAUUACUCUCCUCAUGUCUCGCCCACCAGCACUCACCGCUGGCAUCCCUUGCAACAAGCCGCUGACUCAAAAUCGCUUCAGUUUUGAACUUUCCACAGAGACUUCAAUAAGUGCAAUUUAUUAUGUGGUGGUAAAGAAACAGGGGGCAGUUUUUCCUAUUUUGUUUUCUUCUGUCAUUUCUCCUCAUUUGUCUUAGCUCCUCUCUUGUAUCAUCCCUACUGUAGUUAUACUCAUUCUGAUCGCCUGCCUGUCCCGUCGCCACCCACUUUCUUGCUCUGUUUUUUUUUUUUUUUUCUUCCUUCCCCCUCUGUCUCCAGCUCGGGUACUCCUCCUGAGUCUUUCUCUCUGGCUGUGUGAUUAGUCAGUUUGAGAGCAGGUCUGCAGCUCUCUGAUAGCAUCCGUCUCCCCCACAUGUUCCUGCCCGGAACAAAAUAACUUUGGUGUUAAAGAGCUGGAACCGAUUCCCCGUCCGAAGUGUGGAUAUGCAGCGGGCAACCGACAACAUCACCGUCCGCCAGGGCGACACAGCGAUUAUAAGGUGUUACGUUGAUGACAAAGCAUCCAAGGUGGCCUGGCUCAAUCGAUCCAACAUCAUCUUUGCCGGCGAGGACAAGUGGUCUCUGGACCCCAGAGUAGACCUGGUCACUAAAGGACAGCUGGAGUACAGCCUGCGCAUACAAAAGGUGGAUGUGUAUGAUGAGGGGUCGUACACCUGCUCCAUACAGACUAAGCAGCAACCCAAGCCCUCACUGGUCUACCUCAUUGUACAAGUUCCAGCCAACAUCUACAAGAUGUCAGAAGACAUGAUAGUGAACGAGGGCAGCAACGUGACACUCAGUUGUUUGGCCAGUGGCAGGCCGGACCCACUAAUCACCUGGCGGCUGCUCAACCCCUCAGCAGAACCGUUGGAUGGAGAAGAGUACCUGGACAUUAUAGGUAUCAUGCGGAACCAAGCAGGUCGUUAUGAGUGCAAAGCCAGCAACGACGUCGCCACGCCUGAUGUUAAAUAUGUCAACGUGAUUGUCAACUACCCUCCGACAAUAAAGAAAACCCAGAGCUCAGAGGCCCAGGUGGGCCGCAUGGGGACGCUGCAGUGUGACGCCACCGCUGUGCCCACACCAGAGCUUGAAUGGUACAGAGACGAAAAAAGGCUGUCCAAUGCCCAGGGCAUCAAUAUCCAAAUUCUUGGCAGUACCACUAUUCUCAUGAUCACCAGCGUCACCGAAGAGGAUUAUGGGAAAUAUACCUGUGUGGCCUCGAACCGACUGGGCGUCCAGAAUGCCAGCCUUUUCCUCUAUAGACCCGGGACAGGUCGAGAUAUCAACGGCUCUGCCUGUGUAUCUCAAUCACUGUGGCUCCUGCUGGCCUGCUUCGCCUGCCUUUUCUUCAAGUGUUAAUACCGCUGUCCUCCUCUUCCUCGUCCUCCCCCGGCCUCCCUCUCCUCCUUCUCUCCGACUCACCGACAUCCUUAUUGCUACCUUAUUACCAACUUUACCGUCCCCAGACUGUUUGCAUCAUACGAAAACCUUAUGUGCUCUCUGGCACUGCUUACAGAUAUUACGACAAGCGAUGGGUUAUAAGUAAAAUGUUAUAAGAACAGCAACAAAAAAAAUCAAAAAACAACAGUGAUAUGAAGGACAGAACAAGCAAACAGUGCUCUGUUAAAGAAUUGUGUUGCUCUUUUUAAUUCGUAUGCACUUCUUUGUUUCUGCUAUAUCUUGUCUUUGGGGUCUGGAUGGGGUUUGAGAUGUUGUAUUUUUGUCUUCAUGGGAAUGAAAGCAGAGGUGCCCCACUCAUAGGGAUGCCAACAAUCAUUUGUCUCUACAAGUACUGAAGACAUAAAGUAUAUUUCUCCUUACUCCCAUAGUUGCAUUAUGUUAACUGAAAUUGUAGAUUUAACUGUUUAACCAGUGCAUUAAUGAGCAGCAAAGUAUCUGCCAAACAUCAAUAAACUAUAUGGAAUUUAGACUAACACAUACAGAAAUCAAAAGGGAACAUACUGCAGCCAGUAAAGUGAUUCUAUAACAAGAUUAAAGCUUGAUAUUAAAGUCUGUACCGCUAUAAUCUGAUGCUAUUAGACUGAAACACUGAUAUACUGCAUUAGCUGAGUAUGACAUUGUUUCUAGAUGCAGCAGUCUUGGGUUGCUGCUGCCGAAUCCAUAAAUCGAGGAUGCAGUUAAUAGAAUCGAGUUGAUCCUCCUGAGCUAAACCAUGCGGAGAACAAACCUGAGGAAAUGAGUUUAUCUAGUGAUAGAUAUCUACAUCCUCAUUCAGUGGCUUUGCAACCACUCGCCUUUAUUCCAAAAAUAAUUCCUCUUCUUCUUUUGCAGCAGGACUCUCACUUUCAAAAAGAAAAAAGAGAAAAAAAAACACAGUAGGUUAUAAUGAUGCGUACUGUACAUAGUAACAUUUUGUAUUUCUCUAUGAUAAGACAACUUGUUCUGCCUCUGUAACAACUGGAAACAGAGUAAAAUUGUUGCAGUGUUGCUUGUUUGACAACCGACCAACCAUACUGUGCAGUUUGUCUCUGCUCCACGGCAGACUGCACUGCAUUUAGUGACAUAUACUGUACCACAUACAGUGUUUGCAUUUAGUUCAUGAGUUUUAGGAUCUUUCUUCUAUACUGCUGGAAUUUGGAUAAAAAUGUAUGACACCAAUGAAUGACUUACUUUUAGUUUCUCUCUUUCAAAGAAGUAUGUGUGUUUUAAUAUGAAAUGAUACAGAAAAUCCAUGAUAUAUUGAUAUUGAGGUUUUUUUUUUUUCUGUCUUUACCUCAUUCAUUUUAGUUGUGUAUAUAUAUAUACUUGAAUCCAAUGUCCUUAUAUAUGAAAAGGCAAAUUUUAUGUGUCCAUGUUUUUGAAUAGGGUAGCAAUUUGUUGAACGAUGAAUAACUUGUAGAUCUUAAACUGGCAAUCCUGCCCUAUCAUGUGAAUUGAAGCCCAUUAGACAAUGAUGUUUUUUUUCUUUAAAAAAAUAAGGUCUAGCAUAAAAAGAAGAUAGUUUUGUGCAGUUAUUAUUGUACCUAUCCUUGAGAUGAUACAAGUGCUGGCUUACAUGACAUUGUAGGGAAUGGCAUAUUAUGUCUAACUUGUAAUGCUCCUUCAUAUACCAAGAAUUCAAUAUAAGAGCAGCACAACUGAACACUGAAAGCUUAUUCCCCUCAAUGGUUGCUUGAAGGCCACUGCUGAUGAGCCUCUUUAACAAAAUAAUACCAUUAAAUCACACCUCUGCCAGUAUUUAGGCUGAUUAUUGAAUUUCUUUCUUUAUGAACAAAAUGUUUAAAUGAAUACUACAUGUGUCAGUAUUUUGUGAAACUCACAAGAUCUUUCAACCAGUGCAAUUCCUUCAGAAAAUAGCUCAAAGGUCCUUGCUGUUGUGUGGAGAAUUGUUUGAACUGGUGCACUAUUAGCUGCCUUUUUUGACAUUUAUUUUGACCUACGGUAGGGUGACUAAUAGCGUACAGACUCCAGCGCCCAGCUCAGCUCCUCCACUUGAUGUGUGUUCACGUCUCUCCGCUCAUUUAACAACCGAGCCGAGACGGUACAGUACUGUAAAACACACGUGUAAUUAAUGUCAUCUUUGUAAUACAUUAAAUACUUGUUCCCAGUGUUUUCAUUGUAAAUGCUUCUGAGGCCGUGGCUGUGUGACAUUGUAGUGCCAUCUUGUUUUCAUGUGGGUGAAAUGGUAAAAAUAGUGCUGUGCAGAGACUGAAACAGGCCACAAUCCAAUCAAAAGUGAUGCAUUUAAAUAGUUAAAUAAUAUUUCACAUCCCCAUCAGUUACAGCAAUCUGAUUUCUUCAGUCUAGGAAGUGAUAAGAAAGCUUCUUGUUUUUAUGCUUUCAUCAUCUUACACAUGCUUUUUUUUAAUUCAUUUUUUAGAACUGAACAACUCUGGUGUAACCACUUUAAUGCUUGAUUAAUGAUUAACUUGACUCCUGAUGUUUUGUACAAGAUUGGAAUUUCUGCAGGCUCUCUCGCUUUUUUAGCCACUGGCUAGCAUGGGUUGCUUUUAGUUUGCAACAUUUAUCUUCUUACUGUAAUAAGAAGUGAAUGAUCUGGUGGUGAAAAAGUUCUUCAUGGUCAGUUUGCAUGAGAGUUCUCUGUGCUACAUGUCUAUCCCAGUAAGUCUGUCUGUCUCACUUUGUGUCACAUUACAAACCUCAGGGCAGAGCAAGGCUGGUCUUGGGCAGUAACUGGCAGACUCUCAGACAAACUAAAAUGUGUUUUGUUUUGUUUUUUUAGCCAGAGAAGACCCGGCAGACUGCCAGAGUAGGGCCAAACUGUGCUCAGCAUUUUAUUUUAACCUGCUUGGUAUGCACUGCAUCAAGGAGAUAGCAUAAGGAAGUUUAUUUUAAAAGAUGCUACAGUAAAUUGACUGUCAUUGCCUAAACUUUCUACUAUUUUCAUGAGUCAAAUCUCACAAAUGUGGAUGUCCAAGUGUGUCCAUGCAGGUUAAAACCAGCCCAUAAGCACUGACUGGUGUACUAAGACCACAGAUGUAAAAGCCAUGGAGCUCUGUUUUACCCAUAAAGCAAAAAGGAGUAACUGUCCCUCCAUUACUCAUAAAGACCAACAGCCAGCCUAUGGACACAGCACCAACCCCCCUGUAGACAGACCCUGGAUAUCUACUAAAGACUGUAGAUACAGCUACCUAGUUUACUAUGAGCAUUGCCUCAAAAAAUCACCAUCGCUUCACUGUAUAAAUCUGGCUUACGUAUGUGUGCGCGUGUACUCAUUUGAUUCUGUUCAUUAUUAUUAACCGACCUGAAAAGUUACGAGGCAUGAGAUACAUGAUGAGUUGGCCAAACAGCUAACUUUCUGCUUUCUGUUGAGCUAUAUGGUUACAGUGGUAACCCUCUAUUUUUAAGUUUGGAUUCUUUUUUUCUUUUCCUUUUCCUCCUCUGUGUGUAUAUACAGUAUGAUGUUUCUACCGUAGAAUGUUGUAAAGUCAGCAAAUCCAUAAGAUCGUGUUUAUACAAGUCAACAUUGAAAAAUUUAAAAAGCAAAUGUAACUAUCACGUUUGUACUUCCCGCCCUUUGUCAUGGGAAAUUAAGAUUGAAUCACGCAUUAUGACACAGCAAUGUCCCAUUUUGUUUUUUUUUAAUUUAAUUUUACUUUACUUUAUUAUGGCAUAAGGUAAUUGCAGUCAGUUUCUAAAAAAAAAAUGGUAUGUAAUAAAGGUAUAUGAGAAAAUGUUCAUAAUACAAAAUAAAAAUUGUUUGAAUUUAAUGUUCUGUAUUUGAAUGUGACUUGAGAUGUCGGGGCAAGUAAACUCUUUUUGGAGACAGCUUGGAACACACGUACUGUUGUGU